AUGACAGAAGACGCUGUUGAGUAUUUAGCUGGAUGGAUUGCUAAAAAAUAUAAGCAAAAAUUUCCUGAACUUGGUUGUACUACAACAGAAUCAAAAAUGAAAUCAAUAGAUGAACAUGACUAUCUACUUCCUUCGUGGAUUGAUUACUUAUCAUAUGGUGGCCUAAUAGUCCCUAGUAAUAACUUUAAAAAACACAUUUUUAGAGCUGAAAGAGUUUUUAAAAAAAUUACCAAGCAGAAAAUCCCUAAAGGACCAGGUGUAGUAAAACAACUUUUACAUAAAAUAAUGAAUAGAAUGGAUAUUGAAGAAAAGUAUAGACCAGUUAUACAUACAUUUGUAAGGCAAAGGAUCUUUAUUCGUAUGAAGUAUGCAAAUAAAAAUCAUCAAAUUUUAGCUUCAAAAAGAAAAGCAAAGUUACAGUUACAAAAACUACAAAAGUUGAGAAAACUUAUGACUUGA